CUCAUAAGAAACAGCGGGAUGUGUAAUCAAGGUCUCGUGCAGUAUUUUGGGCUCAGGUCUGAGACUCGAAGGACAGCUACUGGCGUCCCGGAUCCUUAUGGCACUGAGGCCGGGAAUCCAGCAGACGUGCCUGCUGGACACGAGGCGCGAUGGAUGCUCAAUGUGCACGUGAUUGACACUCGCGGUGCUGUGGACAAGCUGGGCUGUACCGAGUGCAGGUGUGAUUUGUACAACGUGACUGCAGAUGAAAAUGGUGAGGCAUUGCCCUUGGAUUAUGUUGGUGGCUUGAAAUGCUGCCAUGAUGGGGUUAGAUGCAGAGUUAAGGGAGGUUUUUGGGGUGAGGGGCGAAGCCUCUACUUGAGGUACACGGUGACGUAUAUGGACUGGGAUGCAUCCAUCGUGCCUGUUAAGAUUUAUAUACUCGAUGUCACUGACACAUGGAGAAAGGCAGAUGAAUCCACAGGGCUCAAAGCUACACAUCAUUGCUUGAUUGAGUAUGAUGUCGAAGCUUGCCCCUUUGGCGCUGAGAAUGAUGGAUGCAUUCAUACCAAAAUCCUAAUUGUUAGCUUACCAACUGGCGGUGAUGUUAUCUACGGUGUUGGACAUCAGCACUCAGGAGGCUUUGGUUCAACUCUUAUCGGGGAGGGAGGAAACGUCAUAUGCGCAUCUGUUCCGACUUAUGGGACUGGACACGAACCAGGAAACGAGGCUGGCUACAUUGUCGGAAUGUCCACCUGUUAUCCUUCACCGGGCAGUGUCAAGAUUUCGGCAGGGGAGACACUAACUCUUGUAUCUAACUAUAGCAGUGCACAGAGACAUACAGGAGUUAUGGGACUGUUUUACAUCUUGAUUGCUGACUCAUCAGCGAAAACGGGUGCAAUCGAGCAUUCUCCAGCACAAGUGCGUAUGAAUACGAUGGGAUCCUAUCUUGGUUGGCCUAUUGCACUGUUUGGAAUUGGUCUCGUUCUGGCUCUGGAGCUUAUUUACAGUGGUCGGAAUGGGUACGAAGAAAUAUAACGGAACGAGUGCUUCUUCUACGUUUGGUGAAUAAGUUGUUUAGGUAUAUGCUUAUUGUUGAUUCAUGAUAAAGAUUUCAUGUAUUGUGUAUUCUGAUACUGAAAAGAUA